CUCCCUCCUCCGGCUCUGUUUCGUUGCUGCGAUUUCCGUUCGAUGUUGCUCUGCUCUGCCCGCGAUUCUCUUCCAGUUCGUUUCCUUAGUUUGCUUGUUCAGCCGUAGUCCGUUAGGCAUAGAAACCUUGGCCGGGCAUACAUGCGUAGCUUUCGCGGGUGAGUCCUCGAUCCUGACCUCUGGUUCGAGGUUUUUGAGGUUUCUGUCAUGGGUGCCUGUGAUUAGGGGAUCCAUGUGCGGUUCAUUCAGAUCUGCCCUGCGUGCCAUCCCUGCUCCCGCUCUUCUUGUUUGAUUACUAGAAUUUUGCGUGAUUUUUGUGGGUUGGUCGAGGGCUAUGCUGCGGGAGAGGAGUCGUGUGUCAAGGCUUUUCGGGCUCUUAAAAAUUCUCCAGGUUUUGGUAUGUUCUGCAAAGCUUCAUAUUUGUGUGAUUUGAGCCAGAUGAGAUGAGUCUUUGGCAACAUGAAUUUCUUUCUUCUUCUUUUUUUGCCUGUUAGAUAAAGAUAGGCGAGAUAAUUGCCAUGUAGUCCACUGAAGUUUAUGUGAGACGGUUUUCCAUUUCAAUUUCUUUCUGAAACGGAGAAUCUUUUGCUCUGUUCCGUGUCGAGUCUGACAACAUAUUCACUACUCUUUUUCUACGGCAUCAGUACGGUUGUUAUUUUUCCACUUCCAAUGAUUUUCAGAGUACAAGUCUUACGCAGGGGCGAAGCCAGCCUCGGAGGGAUGGGGUGCAUGUCUCUUUACUGUUUAUCGGAGCUACAUUAUUUACCGUUCAUCAGGGCUAAUUUUACUAAUACUUUUGAAUGGAGGGGGUGCAUGUGCACCACAGUCAUGAACGUGGCUCCGCCACUGGUCUUACGUAGUAGUGUUGUUGUAAUCUGAAGUUUGUACUGGCACAUAGCACUUGAACUUCCACUGCUUCGUCUUGACGAUCAACUGGCGGACACAUCGGGCUUUGUUAGUGGUGGAUCAAAUGGGACUUCGCUGCUGCUGAUAUUUUUUCACUUCGUCUACUCUACAAUGCACAUAUAAGAGAUCAGCAAACCCCUGACCUCCCUGUCCAGAGAUACUCUCCUCAUUGUUGUUGUUCUUCCACCACCUCUGGUGUAUUAGUAAAGUACAUAGCCUAGAUAAAUAACGGUUUUGCGGGCAUGGUGCACCGCGGAAACCAGCCUCUUAUGGAUAAUUCUGCGGUGUUAAUGGGGCUCUCAGUGCCAACCUACACCGCAGGCAGCCAUGGUCAGAGUCAGAUAACGUUUGGCCUAGACCAUCUGGGUUCAGCAGUGGACAAUAGCUGCAGCCAUGGCCAGAGAGGUUCGAGGAGAUCGAGUCAUACACCUGCACAAGAUGAUGGAUGCAGAUUAGUCCUUGGACUUGGUCCGACGCCGGAGGUUCACUCAGCUGAUCACCAGCCUGCCGGAGCAGACAAGUCGAGAGCACCUGUGACCUUGUUUGGCCGGAGCUUCUCCUUCACUGAUCCAGGGAUGCUGAGCCUUGGGACUCAUCAGAAGAAUAAUGCUGGAACUAUGCUUGCCGGAAACACCAUAUCCUUCUCCACUGUUGAUGAGGGCUCGACGUCGGCGAGGAGGAGCUCCGGCGGCUACAUGCCAUCCUUGCUCUUCGCACCUCGGCCCAGCUUUUCAUUUGCUGAAGAACCACAGGAUUUGCUAGAUCACACGGACAACACUAAUGAUAGUACUGUCCGUGAUCAGCAUCGUCUUCGGCUCAGCCCUGAACCUUCAGAGGCUUCGUUUGGCGUGAGCUCUGACGUUGUCACGGUGGCUAGCAACCCUGGACAGCAGGCUCAGCGCCGGCAUCCCAAGAAGUGCAGGUUCAAAGGGUGCUCAAAGGGCGCGCGAGGCGCGUCAGGUUUGUGCAUUGCCCAUGGUGGCGGGCAGAGGUGCCAGAAGCCCGGCUGUCACAAGGGCGCCGAGAGCCGCACGGCCUACUGCAAGGCCCACGGCGGGGGCCGCCGGUGCCUGCAGCUCGGCUGCACCAAGAGCGCAGAAGGGAAGACGGAUCACUGCAUCGCCCAUGGCGGCGGCCGCCGGUGCGGCUAUGCUGGCUGUCCUAAAGCAGCACGGGGCAAGUCCGGGCGGUGCAUCAAGCACGGUGGAGGGAAGCGGUGCUCCGUCGAGGGCUGCAUCAGGAGCGCCGAGGGAAGGGUCGGGAUGUGCAUCUCCCACGGCGGCGGCCGCCGGUGCCAGUACCCUGACUGCCGCAAGGGCGCGCAGGGAAGCACGCUGUACUGCAAGGCGCACGGCGGCGGCAAGCGGUGCGUCUUUGAGGGCUGCGCCAAGGGCGCGGAGGGCAGCACUCCGUUGUGCAAGGCGCACGGCGGCGGCAAGCGGUGCAUGUACGAGGGCGGCGACGUGUGCCCGAAGAGCGUCCACGGCGGCACCGACUUCUGCGUGGCGCACGGCGGCGGGAAGCGGUGCGCGGUGCCCGGGUGCACCAAGAGCGCGCGCGGGCGCACGGACCACUGCGUGAAGCACGGCGGCGGCAAGCGGUGUAGGGUCGAUGGGUGCGGCAAGAGCGCGCAGGGGAGCACCGAGUACUGCAAGGCCCACGGCGGCGGCAAGCGGUGCAUCUUCGGCGCGGGAUGCGAGAAGUUCGCGCGCGGCAGGAGCGGCCUUUGUGCCGCGCACGGCACGCUGGUAGCCUCGCAGCAGCAGCAGCAGCGCCGCGGCGGCGGCGGAAGUAUGAUCGGGCCGGGCCUCUUCCACGGCGUCGUGCGGUCCGCCAGCGCCGUAAACAUGAACAACGAGUACUCGUCAUCGGGCGUGAGCGCGGUGUCUGACUGCGACGGCUCGCCCGUGGCGGGGACGAGGAGGCAGGAGCUGAUCCCUCCACAGGUGCUGGUCCCCCACUCUAUGAAGUCCUCGCCGCCGGCCGUGUCGCCACCGGAGAGGAGCAGAGAGGGAGGGGUGGUGGCUAUCCCCGAGGGAAGGGUGCACGGCGGUGGCCUCCUGUCGUUGCUUGGUGGGAGCUUCAGGAACGUCGACGCCGACAAGCUCUGAUGCAGGGGAGGCUCGAUUUCUACCUCUACAGCUCUUCUUCCAAAAAAGGGAAAAAUGAUAUAUUUCUUUUUAUAGCUGUUAGAUUGGCUGUUUAUAAAGGAUGUUCUUGUUUGCAUAUCUAGCUUGUAUGGCGAAAUGUAGGUAAAUUUUGGUGUCAUCAAGGCUCAAGACAUGAAUGUGUCUGGGGUCUUUAUAUUGUUGAAUCAAUUCGUGGCAGGUCCGAUUGCUUUUGGGACGAUAAAGCUUUUAGGCUGCAGUUGUUGUGGACAAUAAGAUCAAAGUGUAAUAAUCAAAACUUUACCUCUGCUACGCUCUGCUGAAUUAUCUAGCUGAUGAUUCUCAGGAACCAGUUAUGUUAUGCUGGAGAUGAAUGUGUGUGUGUGUGAUGGGCAAUAUAUAGUCUUCUUGAUGUGA